CUGAAAUAUACUGAGAUGUUUCAUGUUUCAUCAUCAGUCUGGACCUGCGCAUGAUUAGCUUCCUGUAAACUGUCAACAGGGCAGAGGACAAUUAUACAAGUUUGCACCAGGAUGAGGCUGGGAAGACAGCUAUAAGGCGGCCUUCUUACAUUUCCAACCACCAUCAGGAAAGGGUGGCUGAGUCGGGACACCAUAAGCACCCCAAAGCCCCUGGGCCUGCGAGCAGUAUCCCUUCUGGGAGUUUGGCUCAGCAGCCUACCCAGAGCAGGGAGCAACCCAGGAAUCCAUGGAGCCUUUGAAACAACUGAUUGUUUGCAUUUCUAACAUUUUCCCUCAUACUUCGAGCACCAUCGAAUUACACGGAAAAGAGCAACAGCCUUUCGCAAAGAAGCGUGGCUGUGCACGGCCCGUCGUUCUAAACUUUGCAGGGUGGGAAUGCGGCGCUGAUGACUGAGGCUGCGUGGGGAAAAGCGGAAGUAACUGCGUGUGAUUGCAGCCAUAUUGACGGCAUUGAAGCAGAACGCCAAACUGGCACCGAAACUCAAGUACGCGAGCGUCCCAGAGCCCUCUGGGGAGAAAUCAGAGCCCGGAGGGCAAUCUCUCCUGCCAGCACGAGGCUCUGGCAGGUUCAUCCGGAUCAUUUGGCAUGGAGCCCUUUCUAUCCAUCUGCCAAGAGGGGUCUUGGCUUUCCUGCGCAGCUCUAAAGCGGUGGUGGUGCUGAAGUACAGGCAACAGAGACACCACAAGAGGGAGCAUCAUCUAUUAUAGCCUGGCCAGUCACUCAUUUUCCCCAGGUGACUUCCACCCAACUGGCUCAUGAAGGAGAAACAGGAACACACCAGUCCAUGCUGGACAAGAAUGACCCCACCUUCCAGCCUCUGCCUGCUUCUGCUCGGAGCACUGGGCAUCUUUGCACUUGGCCGCUUCACAAAAGGUCAGAAGAACAGCACGCUGAUCUUCACAAAGGGAAAUACCAUUCGGAACUGCAGCUGCCCUGUAGACAUCAGAGACUGUGACUACAGUUUGGCCAACUUGAUGUGCAGCUGUAAAUCUGUCCUUCCUUUCGCCAUGGAGCAAACUAGCUAUCAUGACCAGCUGACCAUCUGGUUCACAGAUACGUCCACAUUGGGCCACCUGCUGAAGUUCACUCUGGUCCAAGACUUGAAGCUUUCCUUGUGUGGUUCCAACACCCUCCCUACCGAGUACCUGGCUAUCUGUGGGCUAAAAAGGCUUCGCGUCAAUGCUGAGGCCAAGCAUCCCUCCCGGGAGCAGAGCCUGCUCAUCCACAACAGAAGGGAAGGCGGUUCCUUGUACAAAGGCUGGCAAACAUGUAUGUUCAUCUCACUCUUAGAUGUGGCUCUUUUCAACAGGGACUCAUCUUUAAAGUCAUACAGUAUUGAUAACAUUUCUAGCCUCACCAGUGACUUCCCUGGUUUUUCUUACUUUAAAGCUUCCCCAAUGCCAAACAACAAAAGCUAUGUUGUCACCAUCAUCUACUAGCACCCACCCACCAGGAACUCUCAGAAACUGACAGACCAUUUGAAGAAGGAGUCUGGGGAGAAGGCCAUGAGACAGGUGUGUUUAUUCCAUCUCUCAGCCUCCAUUUACAACAAAGCCACACCUAAGAGCAGCGGGUUUCCUCUGCUCCGCUUCCAAUGCGGGGAGCUCUCUGACUCCUGAGACAUGUCCUGGGGGCCAGCGCGAAGCUAGGUCUUUAUAACUGUCAGCCUGCGGAGAGAUGCCAGGCUAGAAGGGAGGGAGCAGUGCACACCGGGCACUAUUUAUUGGAGCCCAGUGUAGGCAUGGCCCCAAGGAAGGGAUCUUUUCUCAGAAUACAGUAAUCCUUCCUUACCUGUGUGGGUACAUUCCAGGACCCUGAGGAUGCCUGAUUGAGCCAACAGGACUAAACCCUGUGCCUACUGUAUUUUACCUAAAUGUAAGAGACAUAUGACAAAAUCUAACUUAUAAAUUAAGAUCACUGUGGGACUAACAAAAAUUGUAACAUACUGUAAGAAAGUUAUGCAAACAUGCUCUCACACACUAUUACAUAGUAUGCACUCUUUCCAUGA